UUCCUGCCGCUGUUUAUAUUUUCAAGUAUCGGCAUCAUCGGCUGCUGGAAAUCAGCAGAGAGCAAAGUUUUUGGCUUCUACUCUGUUCUCCCCGGCCGUCUGACCGAUACCUAUACGAGAAGCAAUAUUACAUCUGGAAGUGGGUUGUCAAUCGGACGAGAUGAAACUCCUGUUCUGUGCUGGGUACCGUCCGUCUCGCAAGACGGGGCACGAGCUGUGGCACUGAAAGACACCUGGGGCAAACGGUGCGACAAACUCGUCUUCAUCAGUGACGUGGAAGAUAAGAGUUUAGGGUCAGUGAAGAUUGGGGGCGUUGAAGAGGGAGAAUUGUUCCUCUGGGGGAAGACCCGAGAGGCACUGAAGUAUCUGUACGACAAUCACCUUGACGAAUUCGAGUGGUUCCUGAAAGCAGAUACCGACACGUAAGUCGAAGGUACGUCAUCAUGGAGAACCUGAGAUACGUGCUGGCACCAUACGAUCCUGAUUUCCCGAUAGCUCUUGGCGAACGCUUCAUCGAAAAUGGAAACCGGGACAGAAGUUACCUGGGAGGAGGUUCCGGGUAUGUCCUGAGCAGGGGAGCACUCAGGGUUUACGGAGAAGUAGCGUACGAAAAUGAGACUCUCUGCCAGAAGGAGCCAAUAGGACCAGAGGAUGUGACAUUGGGUGUCUGCAUGACAAGCUCUGGAAUUCUACUCGGGGACACGAGAGACCAAUUCGGAAAACAUAGGUUUCACCAAAAUAUUCCCAGGGAUUAUAUCGAAGGCAAAUGGCAAAGCUGGUAUCCAAACGUCACUUUAUACGGAAGUGGGAAGGGAAUCGAAAGCUUGUCAGAGACAUCUAUAUCCUUCCACAAUCUGAAAUCGGAUUCAGAUCUCUACGUUCUGGAAUAUUUCAUUUACAUCCUCAAACUCUUCAAUGUGGAGGGAAGGUUUACCGGGCCAAGCGUUGCUCCUCUCCCACCGGACGUCGAUUCCGCACCGGAAGAGGCACGAAGAAGAUUCAUUAGGAGAAAAAGGAAAAUAGGGACUAGCUAAACGUUGUCAUAUUUUUAGAAUAAGAGACUUUUUUUUUUUUUUGCUUCAGUCUUAUAACAUUCUAUCUAUAAGAGACAGGCCCUUUUCUCCCUUCUGGGAAACAUGAGAUUCCCGCCCCUCCCGCCUCAUUUUUGUUUUUGUUUUUGUUUACUUCAGUCUUCUAACAUUCUAUCUUGCA